AUGCGCCGCGACGUCGACGACUGCCCCGCCCCGGGCCAGCCCGACCCCAACCCCUUCGAGGGCCGCCGGCUCACCGUCAGCCACGGCUACGCCGCCCAGCUCGAGCAGACCUACGACAGCUUCAUCGCCGCCAAUGACACCAUCAACGCCCGCAAGGUGCGCACGGCGCAGACCUUGGGCACCUUCGUCUGGGUCCCCACCAUCUCCGGCCUCGGUGCCCUCGACGCCACCAUCUCGGCCGCCCGCGCCGAGCAGAUCCAGGGCGGCGUCGACCAGGUCGUCGGCUUGGUCCUCUACAACGUCCCCGACCGGGACUGCAGCGCCGGCGAGAGCGCUGGCGAGCUGUCGGGCACUGAUGGCCUGCGCCGCUACAAGGACGAGUACGUCGAUGCGUGGGCCGACCGUCUCCGCCGCGCCUCGGACCUGACCUUCGCCAUCGUCAUCGAGCCUGAUGCAAUUGGCAACAUGGUCACCAACCAGGCCCUUCCUUUCUGCGCCGAGGCCAAGCCUAUCCAGGAGGAGGCCAUGGCCUAUGCUCUGAAGAAGCUUCAAUUCGACAAUGUUAACCUUUACAUUGAUAUCUCCCACGGCGGCUGGCUCGGUUGGGCUGACAACCUUCCUCUGACCGCCCAGCAAGCCGGCACCAUCGUCCGCAUGGCCGGCAACGACACCAAGAUCCGCGGCUUCGUGACCAACGUGUCCAACUACAACCCCUUCCAGGCCGAGGUCCGCGAGGACUACACCGAGUGGAACCCCUCUUGGGACGAGGACAACUACGCCCGCUCCCUGGCCCCCUUCCUCGAGCAGGAGGGCCUCCCCAGCCGCUUCAUCAUCGACCAGAGCCGCGUCCACCUCCCCGGCGCCCGCGAGGAGUGGGGCGAGUGGUGCAACGUCUACCCCGCCGGCCUCGGCCAACAGGGCCUCACCGACGCGAACCCCUACGUCGACAGCCUCGUCUGGGUCAAGCCCCCGGGCGAGAGCGACGGCCAGUGCGGCUUCCCCGGCGCCCCCCGCGCCGGUGCCUGGCACAAUGACUACAUGAUCAUGCUGGUCGAGAACGCCCACGAGUCGAUCGUCCCGGCUGCGUCGCUCGACCGGCCCCGCCAGCCUUGGUGGCCUAACUAA